CUUUCUUCCUUCUCUCUCCCUGACUUUCCUUGUCUUUCUAUCUCCUCCGCCACUCAACCCUGUCAAGUUAAGUCUCACCCUCACCUCAUCUCACCCCUUACACAACCAGUAAUCAAACCAAAUACCUCACCAUCACCACCACCACCACCACCACCACCACUACCACCAGCUCCAGAACCUCAUAAAAAAACAAAUGAAAAACAAACUUAUAAAUAUAACAAAUAUGAAAGUUUAUCAUCCCCACAUUAAACGAACAACAAUUCUGUCUGUUGGAAUGUAUAUUACCGCCACCAAGUGAGUCUUCCCCAUUUCCUACCAACUCAGUCUUUUACUUAGUGACAAAACUGACAUUAAGGAACAACCAUCUCCGCCGUCCCCGCCACCUUCUCUCUAUCUUUCUCUCCCUCUCUCCCAUACUCUCUCUUAACUCUCUGCUCCUCAUCCACCACACCACAUCUAAAAAAAACCAUGUAUACUUUACCUGUGUUGAAUCGAGAUCCCAACCGUUUUUGGAUAAGUGGCGUGAUUAAUUCUACAUCAACUCCAUUUUUACCAAAUGGUGAUAUUGACUUUUCCAGCUUUGAUAUCUAUAUAGAUUUCCUGGUCCGUAGUCAGGUCGACAAUAUCUUUGUGAAUGGAACGACUGGAGAAGGCAUGGCACUCACGAUCGAUGAGCGGAAACUUGCUGCUGUCGGCUGGAUUAAUGCUGCCAGGGGGAAAAUAAAGAAAGUAAUCCUUCACGUUGGUGCUGCCAAUUUGAGAAGUUCCAUAGAAUUGGCCAAACAUGCAGAAGCCAUUGGUGCUGAUGCCAUUGCGUGUAUGUGUCCAACAUUUUAUAAACCAAAAACUGAAGAGAACUUAAUAAAUUAUUUGUCUCAAGUGGCGGCAGCAGCACCAUCCACACCAUUUUUCUACUACAGCAUCCCUCAUAUGACGCAUGUCCACUUGGACGAAGUGAAAGUCAUGCAGUUAGCCAUGUUGAAGAUUCCGACUCUUCAUGGAAUGAAAGAUUGCACAGACUGUCUGACCAAAUCUCUGGUCUGCGCACAUCUCGAUCGACGGAAACUGCAAGUUGUCAUAGAGACUCCUGGGGAUAUGUUACCAUCGUUAUCUAUAGGAAUUCCAUGUCUGGCUAUUCCUGCUUAUAUGGCACCUAUAUACAACAGAAUGAAAAAUGCCUUAGAAGCUGGAGACUCAGAAACUGCUCAAAGAGACCAAUUGAUGGCUGUGAAUGUAGUGAAAAUUACCUCCAAAUACAAUGAGGAACUUGUCUCCAGAGAGAAAGCCAUGUUGUCCUUAUUUGGCAUGGAUCUUGGCCCCACAAGGUUACCGCUUGUCAGCAUGCCAGAAGAGCAGAAGAUUGCCAUGAAGCUAGAACUUGAAGAAUUGGGAUUCUUGUUUCGGUCGUAAUAAUGGAUUCUAAAAGUGGUGCUGACAGUGAUGAUGAUGAUGAUGAUGAUGGUGGUGAUGAUGAUGAUGGGGAUGAUGAUGAUGAUAAUGAUGGUGAUGAUGAUGAAGAUGAUGGGAUGUUGGUAGACUUAGGCUGUUGUAAUUGGUGUUCAUCAUUAUCAUCAUCAUCACCACCACCACCACCACGAUCAUCAUCGUCGUCACCAUCGUCAUCACUAUCAUCAUCAUCAUCGUCAUCAUCAUCAUCAUC